AUGCAUCCCUAUCAUAUAGAUGGUUGGCAGGCCACAACUGUGCGCUUCUCUCGUAGCUUCCUGCCUCGCACAGCAAUACUGUGGAAUGAUCUGUCGUCGGCGGUAUUUCCGAACCGAUACGACCUUCCAAACUUCAAGAAAAGAGCAUAUUCCUUUUUAAAGGCUGGCAACGCACCUGUGACUCCUCUGGUGUUGCGGGUGUCCAUGGGCGGCGCUGAUCGCUUACCAUCAGUGCGUAGUAAGGCAGCAUACGAGGGUGAGGGGAAGACGACGGUGCGCGUCAUCAACCAGGAGGAGGAUGCUGGGCUCAUGAUAGACACAUACGCCACGUACGGGUUCAAGCUGAACAACGGGCUCACAGUGCUGGGGCCUAUGGCCAUAUUCCCCAGGACGGUGAUGUCGUGGCAGGUGACGGAGGCGGCGCAGGUGACCGAGCAGUCGCUCGUCCUGUUCAAGCUGCUCGUGCCCAAGAUAGACCUGCUCGUAAUAGGUCUAGAAGCGAAGCACCGUCAGCGCGCGGACGCGGUGAGGCGCGCGGCCGCCGCGCUCGGACUCAACGCGGAGGUGCUGCCCACCGAGCACGCCUGCUCCACAUUCAACUUCUUAAACUCGGAGGGCAGGUCGGUGGCGGGCGCGCUGAUGCCGCCGCUGUUUAUAUCGAACAUGUCGCCGGACGACAUGCUCAACACCAAGCUGCACUACCAGGACGUCUUCAACAAACCCAUCUGGUAGCCGCCUGCCCGCCACCAGCGUCAUACAGUAUAAUAUAUAGA